AUGCAAGACGCUAUGGUUACUGGGAGAGGUUUUGCUCGAGAAAGUGCCCCGGGGGAGCCCAACGCCCUGUCUGAGGGCACUGCGUUCGCCCGAGGCUCGACGUGCACCAGACACGCUGAGCGUUUAUGCUGCGGACGCGAAUGCCGGCGCGGGCGAGCUACUAGGCAUCGUCGGAAGUGCGGGCAGAUUGGUAUCCCUCGACGGAUGCGGACUAUUGCGUCCGGGAAGGUUGCGACCAAGUUGAGGUGCAUCGAAGCGAAGCUGGAGCGUGUAUAUGCUAUUGUGCAGUCCCUAAAGACGCUCUUUUUGAGGGAGCAGCGCGAAGAUCCGCUCUACAGCGCAGCGUCUCGCGGAUGCCAGCGGCAGUAUCGUCGUUCAGUCGCCUGCUCAGAACAGCACUCGAUAACCUGCACGGACUCACCUGGCAGUGGUACGCGUGGCGACUCCGCUGCGGCAGCGACGGAUGCAGCGGUGCCACAAUGUCGUCGGUCUGAGGCGGACCCAGUACGCCACAGCACUGAAGAGGAAGAGGAACGUUUGACUCUGGAGUGCGCAGCACGGCCGUUCGGAUGCACCGGCCGUUACCGGCGACGUGUGCAUCCCUUGAAGGCAACGUAUGAAAGUGAGUAUCGAGUACCCGGGGUGACGGCAUGCUCCCUGCCAGAUGCGGACGCUUUGUGCUGCGACAAAAUAGAUUCUGUGCAAUUCGGCGAGAUGAAUGGAGAAUGUCUACGAGAAUUUACCGCACACGGUGAUGACGUCUCGAAGCACACGCCCCUUCCAUCGCUCCGAGCCGCAGCGCCAAGCAGUACAUGGUUUACGGUGGCUCCGAUGGCAGAUAGUUCGCCGAGAGCGACUCCUGAUCCUCCAUCUGCGUCUGCAGGCUCCAGAUCAUGCUUGGAGCAUGUUGCACAAGCUGAGCGCCAGCUCUGCGCUACUGCUUAUCAGACGCCAGCUAGAUUAGGGACUGCGAAUACGAGAGCAAUCGGAAUUCGUCAACCCCAAAUGCAUUUCACUGAACUGGGCGGGGAGCGCGUGCCCAGGGCGAUUCCAGCAGAGGACCAGCCGCAGCCUGCUGACGUUGGCAGACCGGACGCACAGCUCACGAAGCGUGAACUUGCUCAGCAGCAAACAACUUACCAACGCGCCGAAGCUGCACCUACCACGUCACCGAACGCCCGCAAGUCCGCUGACGAAGAUUCCACUUGUCGAUGCCCGUCGUGCAAAGCGUUCUUUACGACACUUGCUGGGAGUUAUCCCCCAGAUAUGCAGAGAGAGAUUCAGCGCUGCUCCAGACGGGCACGCAAGAUAACAACGACGAAAGGUCCGCGCACACCGCCCACGCCCAAGUUCUGGCGUCAGAUCGAGUUCAGCUCCUCGGAAGAGUCGCCGACGCGCCUUUGA